AACCCUCUGACCCAGCACCAACCUGACAUAACGCGCAUGUGUAGACACUCACCUUCACUGCAUGAGUCCACCAAUAGUAUCCCCACUCACUUAGCACGAGACAGGUUCUCUCUCACUUACACAUACAACCUCUUGAUAUCUUUCGUCCCCUCCUUCUUCUUCCUCCACUCCCACAAUUCUACAUCUUGAGUACUCUCAACCAAGCUUCAACAAUCCACACCAACCCCCAACAUAACAACAACUAUAUCUAAUCUAAAAUGACCUCCACCAACUCAACCGCAAAAAGCUGGACUGACCGCCAACGCCUCGCCUACUACUUUUCUCUAGUCGAGCACUCUAACGUAAGACUAGAUUUCACCAACGCACCCCGUCCCGAGGGCAAAUCCGUAGGUGCAUGCCGCAUCAUGGUCGACCGACUCAAGGGUACUUUGAAAGAUGAGUUGGCUGUGCUGCGCGGUGGUGACGCUAGCGCUGGUGGUGGUACUACGCCCAAGAAGGGGGUUACGACGCCGAGGAAGCGGAAGGCGAAGGCGGAGGUGGAAGGGGAUGAUCAUACGCCGGUAAAGCGGGAGAGGAAGAACGUUAAGGAUGUCAAGGAAGAGGAGAAG